GGAUUCAGUCGUUCAAGACAAUUUAGCAAGUGAUCUUAUUUCUCCUAAACAGAUUUUUUUUUCAAAAAUGAGGUAUAUUCAGUGCAUUUUCAUUACUGUCGCAUUUUCAUGUGUGUCGGCAAGUGUCUUUGACAGGAAGGAUUUGCCCUUAAUUGUUGGCAACGUACAGAACAAGAUGAGUGUUUUAACAAAUGCUAAUGGCUUAGCUACUGCUCAAAUAGCCACAAAUGCAGGAAUUCUAGCAAAUAUUCAAACACAACUCAACCAAGUUAUAACAACCAACACAGCAACAAAAGCAACAAACGACGCAAACAAUACGAAACUUACUUCAUUGGUAAUUUCCUUAUCAUCAUUCCAUGCUGCAAUGGGAGCUACUUUAAAUGCAAAUGGUUUAGCUGGUGUCGGUGCGGCCUAUCAAACACUUGCAGCUGCUAUUCAAGCUAUUUAAAAAAUCAACUUAAUUUUGUGUGGAUUCUUGUCCGAAAGUCUGUGUAUUUAUUGAAAUAUUAAAUUAAAAUUGAGGAACUUUAAUAAAAAGAUAUU